AUGAUUUCAAGUGAUUUGCAGGAGUUACAGACAAAAUUCCUCUGUGGUUAUCCUGUGAAAAACCUAGAUUUCCACAAAGUAUUCCACAACAUUUCAUGGGAUGCACAGAAGAUGUUUCUUCAACAGACUAUAAGUCAUCCAUUGGUUAAUUCAAAGCCAAUAUCGUGGUCUUAUCAAGUUGCUUUUCUUCGAGUGGCUCUUGAGAGUCUCGAGAAGAAUACAGUAGAAGUGCAGGAAGAUUUCUACACAGAAUACUUGAGACUGCAGCAAUUGGCUUCACUUGAUCAGAGUCAUGUGUACAAGCACUAUCGUGUGCGCUCAAAUGGCCAGAAGAUUGUCUCAGUGAGAGAAAGUCCAAGGUUGAUUUGCGAUGGAACAACUGGCCUAAGAACAUGGCCAGCUUCUAUUGCCCUUUGCGAAUGGUUCACUCACAAUACCAAUGAAUUUUCUGGGAAGACAAUUCUCGAGCUUGGAGCGGGUGUUGGAAUGGCUGGAAUUGUGCUGGCUCAGAUAAUUAAGACAAGUCGCAUAUACCUAACGGACUUUCAUGAGAAAGUGUUGAGUAUAUUGCAAGAAAAUCUCAAUGAAAAUCCCCCAGAAAAUGACAAUGUUGUGCACGUUUGCCAAUUUGAUUGGUUUUCCGAAGUGGAUUAUGAAAAAUUGAGCAAAACCUGCUGUCCAGAUAUCAUUUAUGCGGCCGAUGUUAUUUACGAUAGUGACAUUUUUCCAGCACUCUGUCAAGUUUUGAUGCGUUUUAUCAAUAGUCACAACUCUCCACGAAUAAUUAUAUCUUGCACAGUGCGAAAUGAAAAAACUUAUGAGGAUUUUAUUGAGAAACUAGACAAUUGCGGACUUUGCAUUUCACCGGAGAACUUACACGAACCAAAUAAUUUUUACUGGACAGAUCCAAGUGAAAUAGUAAUAUUUAGUGUGAAUAAAAAGAAUUAGCAAACAUGUAAUUUUAUUUUAUAAAAUUGAAUAUUUCUAUCGCCGAAUAAAACAAUCUUACAUCAUUUUUUUUUAUUUUAUCUUUUCUGCAACAGAAAUUUCUUGAUCCAUUUCUUCUUUUUAAUUAUUAAUUUUCCGCUAGGAGCGCUGUUAACUCUCGAUGACAUUAAAUUUAACCUCAAAAUUCACCUUGGAUUUUGUUCUGUCAGAUUAAUUUCUACAGUGCUGUCUCGCUAUAUGCACAGUUUAGGUACUUUUUUUGACAGUUCUCUCUCUGAAUAUGCACAACUUUUUUUGAAAUUCCCAACGGUUUUUUUCUUUCUUUUAAAACAUUAUUAUUUUUUUAUUGUUCUAGAAUUCCCCGUGUUAUUUUAACUAUAAUAUGAGACAGAAAAAAUAAAAUUAAGAUAAUUAAAAACAAGAAAAAUUAGUUACCAAGAAAAUAAUUUUCUUUAUUACUUUGUCAAAAUGUAAACAAAUUGAUUUUGAAUGCAACCGACACAAAAGCUGUGCAUAUAGAGAGUGUGCAUAUAAAGAGACAGAA